GCGUAUCGUGCCUUACGACGUUGAAUCCAAUACCAACUGUGACAUCUAACAAACUCUUCUCAUGUUCCAUGAGUUAGGAAAAACACAUACAUACACAAACUCAAACGCUUACGUUGUUGUUGUUGUUGUUGGUGUUGUUUCACAAGAAAUUUUUUCCACCUACUUCACCGCAAAUUGCAGUUUUUUAUAGUUACCAUCAUCAAUUCAUCAUCAUAAAUUUGGCAGUCAGAGUCACCUAAAUGACUUCUUCAUUUAAGACCCUCAACAAACAAUUCCCUCUUCUACCUCCUUUCCAUCACCCUCAUAAAUUUCCUCAUCACCAUUCUUCUUCUUCUUCUUCUAUUAAUUACUCUUACACCCCCAUCUUCUCUUCCUCUCAAUUUCGUUCAUCAUCUUGCUCAACAUCUCAAUCUACAACAUAUAUGGAGGUCUUCAAAGCAAUUGCUAAGCAAGAAGCUGCAGCUCAUGGUAGUGUUGCUAUCAGAGCUGAUCAGCAGAGUUAUAGUUACAAGCAGCUCAUCUCGUCGGCACAGAAGAUAUCUAAUCUUUUGUGUGGAAAUGAUGUGAAGGGAAAUCUUGGUGGAGCUCGGAUAGGAAUAGUAGCCAAACCGUCUGCCGAAUUUGUUGCUGGAGUACUUGCUACUUGGUUUAGUGGAGGUGUUGCUGUUCCACUUGCACUCAGCUAUCCAGAAGUAGAGCUCCUCUAUGUGAUGAAUAAUUCGGAUGUUUCUGCAAUACUGAGUACUGAAGAUCAUAGUGAACUAAUGCAAAGCAUUGCCAAUAAAACCUCAUCGCAAUUUUUCCACAUCCCGCCCGUUCCUAAUAAUUCCUCAGAGAAGAGCAGAAAUGGACAUUCAAAAAAUGGGGAAAUUGAUGCAGACAGUAUUUUCCCGGAAAACAUUGAAAGAUCAAGUGAAGAUCCGGCACUGAUUUUAUACACUAGCGGGACAACAGGUAAACCUAAGGGAGUUGUUCAUACACACAGAAGCAUCCUUGCUCAGGUCCAAACAUUGACAAAAGCAUGGGGGUACACAUCUGCUGAUCAGUUUUUGCACUGUCUACCACUACAUCAUGUCCAUGGGAUUUUCAAUGGUUUACUGGCCCCUCUCUACGCAGGUUCCACGGUUGAGUUUUUGCCGAAGUUUAGUGUCAGUGGAAUUUGGAAGAGAUGGCGUGAGUCAUAUCCAACUGAAGGAUCUAAAGCUGAUGGUGCUAUAACCGUAUUCACUGGAGUUCCAACUAUGUACACCCGGUUAAUACAAGGUUAUCGUGCCAUGGAUCCUGAGCUACAAGCGACUUCAGCAUCUGGCGCAAGGAACUUGCGUCUAAUGAUGUGUGGAUCCUCUGCACUUCCUCAACCUGUUAUGCAAGAAUGGGAAUCCAUCACCGGACAUCGCUUAUUGGAGCGAUAUGGCAUGACUGAAUUUGUCAUGGCGUUGUCAAAUCCAUUGAACGGCGAGCGUAAAGCAGGCACCGUUGGCAAACCAUUUCCCGGUGUGCAGGUCAAGAUUCUUGCAGAUGAGGAGCAUGAGGGUGAAGAAACUGGAGCUGGUGAGCUUUGCGUUAAAAGCCCUUCAUUGUUUAAAGAAUAUUGGAAACUUCCUGAGGUAACGAAGGAAUCAUUUACAGACGAUGGAUUCUUUAAGACUGGAGAUGCAGUUACUACGGAUAAAGAUGGAUAUUUCAUCAUUUUAGGACGUACUAACGCAGAUAUCAUCAAGAGCGGUGGCUAUAAGCUUUCUGCAUUAGAAAUUGAAUCAGUAAUAUUAGAGCAUCCAACUGUCUCAGAAUGUUGCGUUUUGGGCUUACCGGACAAAGACUACGGAGAAAUUGUUUGUGCGAUUAUCGUGCCAAAGGAGAAGCAAGAUAAAGAGUCAAAACCUCCUCUAAGCCUUGAAGAAUUAUCCAACUGGGCCAAGAAUAAACUUGCACCUUACAAGAUACCAACUCAACUAAUCGUGUGGGAGACGCUCCCUCGCAAUGCAAUGGGGAAGGUUAAUAAAAAAGAGCUGAAGAAGCUGGUGCCUUCAGAACAGUAAAUACCAUUAGAACAUUAUUUACUGGCCAAAGCCAAUUCUUUGAAACCAGUUAUAAUAUGGUGAAAAUCUUAUAUGACAUUUGUAGUAAUUAUUUAGAUAAAAUAGAAGCCUUUUAUUCUGGAUUUUCUCAAGUACAAUAAGUUUAACCUUAUCUUUAGGAGUGGGAAAUAUUACAAAGUGUAGCAUUUUUAAAUCCAUGAGGAUGAUUGAAUGUAGUUUUGUCUAUCUAGGACAUAUAUUAUCAGUAAAUCUAUUAUUAUUGAAUGUUAUUUACAA